AUACGCGAUUAGAUGCCGAGAACCGCAUGUCACGAUCUACCUUAAAUUCGUCUCCAAAAAUAAGGAGAGCGCGUGUGUGAGUGAAUGUUGUGAGUCUAGAUACGGAUUCUGAUUCAUCUCAUUUUCAGUCUCCGAAAAUAUUUAAAUAAGUUUGUGGAUGUGAAAAGUGAUUUUGUGGAAAAGUUUUUUUGUUAUUAGAAUCCACCCAGCGGGCUAUGGGCUAUGGAGUUCUUUCAGGAAUGGUCGUCUGUACGCAAGACGUCCACAAAAACCACCAAAACCACAAUGACCACCCCUGCAAAAUUAUAUGGAAAAGAUUUGAGUGUUUACGACGAUGUCGAUGUGGACGAGCUAUUGGAUAAAUUGACCGCAGAAGAAAUUAGUAUGUUAGCAAAAGAAGCAGAUCCGGAUGAUAGCUGUUUACCCCCUUCUUUAAGAACGAGUUAUGAAUGUGAAAAGGAUCCUACAGGUCCUUUGAAUAGGAAAAAAUUGAUAGAACAUAUUAAUAAGGAAGCUAUAGAAACUCCAGACAGGCCAGAAUUGGAGCCGUACGUUCCAGGAACAGUUCGAGGGAAAAAAUGGGUACCACCGCCUCCGCCUUUGAAAGAACAAGAGGCCGAAGAACAAAUUGCAGUCGAUUUAGGAGACGAAUAUGAACAAGCAUUAACAGAUGCAUCACAAGAAGAAAUUAUAGACUUAGCUGCCAUCCUUGGUUUCCAUUCGAUGAUGAAUCAAGAUCAGUAUCAUGCAUCGCUUUUAAAUAAAGGACAACCGGUCGGAUUAGGUUGGGAUGGUAUUACAAAAGCUUCUAAACCUAAAUUAUACCCUGUUGACCCUCCAAAUAUGACAGACCCCGAUGAAACAGUGAAAAAAGUACAAGAUGACGACAGCAAAUUCAUCGAUUUAAAUUGGAACAACAUCAAGAAUAUAUCGGAUGAAAAACUCGACAGAUUAUUCGAGGCUUUAUGCACCAAUACGCACCUCGAAACGUUAUCAUUAGUGAAUGUCGGUUUGGCUGAUAGACACGUGGAAAAAUUGGCGAGGGCCAUCGAAGAGAACGGUACUUUAAGGGUGAUUAAUGUAGAAACGAAUUUCAUAUCACCCCAAGGUACCGUCAGAUUGGUAAAGGCUCUGCUCAAGAAGAAGACUGUUGAAGAAUUUAGAGCUACCAAUCAGAGGUCGCAAGUUUUGGGUAACAAAAUAGAAAUGGAAAUCACCCAACUUAUCGAGAAAAACCCAACGAUAUUGAGGCUGGGGUUACAUUUAGAGUACAACGACGCCAGACAUCGUAUCGCCAAACAUUUACAAAGAAACAUCGAUACCAAACGUCGUCGAGUGAUGGCGAAAUAUCAAGUAACUUUAGGAAAAAAGGGAAACGCCAUGAAAAUUAUCCGUGCUGAUUAAUCUUUUAUUCGAUAGGUGAAGCUCUCGCAGACGUCGUACUGGACAGUUGCCCAGAAACUAUUUGGUAGGUUAUAUCGCUUAAAGCUAAUCGUGCUGUUGCUAUAAGUCACAUGGAUUCAGCUCCGCGCCAAUUGGAUUAAAUAAAAUACGAACGUCACAUUUAUCAUACUGCCGAUCGGUUAAUUUUAAAAAUAUUUUUUUCUUUUAUUCAAAUAACAUUCAAAAAAUUUAUAGACGCAUUCAAUUUACACGCUUCGAGUACAAUUUCGUGUGAUUACUUUGAGAAAAUAUAUGAAUAUAAUAUAAAUAA